CACACAGAUGCAGUGAAAAUUUCAGACUUUGGCACAUCUAAGGAACUCAGUGAUAAAAGCACCAAGAUGUCCUUUGCUGGCACCGUUGCAUGGAUGGCACCAGAGGUGAUCCGGAAUGAGCCUGUCUCAGAGAAGGUUGACAUAUGGUCUUUUGGAGUGGUGCUGUGGGAGCUGCUGACAGGGGAGAUCCCCUACAAGGAUGUGGAUUCUUCCGCCAUCAUCUGGGGUGUCGGGAGCAACAGCUUACAUCUCCCAGUUCCUUCCACUUGCCCGGAUGGAUUCAAAAUCCUUAUGAAACAGACAUGGCAGAGUAAACCUCGCAACCGGCCUUCUUUCCGGCAGACGCUCAUGCAUUUAGACAUUGCGUCUGCGGAUGUGCUUGCCACCCCUCAAGAAACUUACUUCAAGUCUCAGGCUGAAUGGAGAGAAGAAGUGAAAAAGCAUUUUGAGAAAAUCAAAAGUGAAGGAACCUGUAUACACCGACUAGAUGAAGAACUGAUUCGCCGGCGCAGGGAGGAGCUCAGGUCAGCUGACCCCGCCCCUCUUCUCACCCCCCCCUCAG